GACAUUGAGGGAAAUGAUGUUGACAUAGUGGCCAAGUAAUUAAAAUUUCAAACACUAAGCAUGAAUAUAUCACUGAGUAAGAAGGAGAGGAAAGCAAUAAUUAAGAAACGAGUACAGAAAAAUAUGGCAAGAAUAUUGGGACAUAAACAACACUGGAAGAGACCUUUAUAAUAUCCAAAAACAGGUUGGCGAGGGCUAGAAUAUGUGGUUAUCACCUCAGGAUAAAACACUCUGGACUGAACAGCACACUUCACAAAACAGGAAAACAUCCAACUGGAACAUGUACACACAACAAUAAUAUAAAAUCUGUCCAACAUGUGCUGGUUGAGUGAAAAGGGUAAGAGAACACACAACCAUCUGAUUCGGUACUGGAAGGGAACAGGGUUUAUGGAUCUGAUUCUUUUUAUUUAUUUAAUUUUUUGUUGUUCUUUUAAUAAUAUACUGAGCCACACGCAAGUCCGAAGAGUGGCGGUAUUGCACCUUUAAGUUGGUUGUCAGCAGCCAUUACAAACCAAAAGAAGGGGAAGAAGAAGAAGAAGUCCGGCUACCGUAAUAGUUGUAGUCAGUGCGCACCGACGCUCACUGUUGCUCACUAGCGCUUUCUACCGGUUUACCGUAAUGACUGUUGUUGUAGUCUACGCGCAACAUUUUUGUUCCUCAUUCAUAAAACGCUAAAAAACGGGGACAUUUUCGGGGGAGAGCUUUAAUCGGGGGACAGGUCAUCCAAAACGGGGACUGCCCCCAAGAAAUCAGGGACGUCUGGUCACCCUAAAUUUUUUGUGUGACCAUGGAUCCAACCUGCAGCGCCUCAGUGGCUCCGGCUGGUUUGACCGUCCAGGUGUGUUUCCCCGGAGCGCGUGCCGCUGUUUUGGAUAAUCUGAACCGGCAGCGGGAGGAAGGCAGGCUGUGCGAUCUCUCCAUCCAGGUGCAGGGUCAGGUGUUCAGGGCCCACCGCUGUGUGCUCGCUGCGUCCUCGCCUUACUUUCACGACCAGGUGUUACUGAAGAAUGUGACGACGGUUUCCCUGCCUUCAGUCAUGGACCCAGUGGCCUUCGAGAGUGUCCUCAGUUCUGCUUACACUGGCCAGCUGAGCAUCGUGCACGACGAUAUCGUCAACUACGUCACCGUGGCCAGCUUCCUACAGAUGUGGCACAUAGUGGACAAAUGCACCGAGCUCCUGAAGAGGCCCCGGUCUUCGGUGGACGUGGCCCCGGGGGAGGCUGCUGCAGCUCACGCCGGCACCGCCUCGCGCCAGCAGUCCCCCAGCAGCACCGAAUGCCUGUACGUGGAGAGGGAGGGAAGGAGGAGGGAGAGGAAGCCCGACGCCUUGCCUCCCUUGGCUACAUGGAGACGCCCGCAGCAGUUUCCGAGGUGGGGGCGCCCGCGGCCCUCAUCAGCCCAGCACUUAGCCGACUCUCAACUGGACGCGCUCCCCGGAUACGUGGAGAGUGAUUACGCCAGCUGCGAGGAGGCAUGGGUGUCAAGUCAUGCUAAAACUAACCACUUUGCUCACGACGGACCUGGCCACAAUGGCCGGCACCACGGGGGCUUCCCCAGCGGCGAGGCCUUAAAGCAGAAAGUCAGGUUUCAGCAGCGGGGCGCGGCGCCGAGCGUCGAGCGGCUGAUUGACAAGAGCAGAGAGAGCGUGGACAGUGAUGAGACGCUGGAGAAGAGGAGGAAUGAGAAGAGGGAGAUAGAGGCGGACGAAGGCAUAGGAGACGAGGCCAUGGAGAAGAAGGAAGGCUUCGCACAAAUGGGUCACUGUGCGAACUUCCACCCAGUUCCAAACGAAGAUCAGGACGCCAGAAACGCCUCAGUGAAGCAGAGUGUGGAUGUGAUGAAGGACAAAGUGCAGAGAGACUUGGUGGGGAGCGACCCCUCCUCAGACCUGCCCGGCGUUCAAGCUGAAGUAGAUCCGGGUCCCCCCUGUCCGGUCUCAGCCAGGCUGCAGCAGUGGCAGACGGGCACCUGGUCUCAUCAGGACCAGAGGCCCCAGGAAGGAGAGGGCUGCAGCAAGCACGAGGACGAGGAGGACGAGGAGGAGGACGUGGACUUUGAGUGUUUCACAGGAGGGACCUACAGCAGGGACACGUACGAUGAGAUUGAAGACGGCACAGGACAGGUUUCCCAGAGGCCUUUAGUGCCCGUGUCUCCUGACUUCACCAUGGCGGGCUCGGACGUGAACUGGCCGUCAACCAGCGGGGGACAGGGCGGCUCGUUGACCCCCACCUCCAGCCGUCACUUGUCCCCGCCUUCCGCUGCCUUUCCACCGCCGCCUUCGCCCCCAACCCCGUCUUCGUCGUCCUCCGUGUCCCUCGCCGGCGCCCCCUACACCGGCAAAGUCCACUUCUGCCACUGCGGCAAAGCGUACACCCUGAAGAGCAUGCGGGACCGUCACGUGAAGAUGCAGCACCUCAACCUGCGGCCCUUCGGGUGUCCCGUUUGCACGAAGUCGUUCAAGAUGAAACACCACCUGACCAAGCACCUUAAAACCCACGGAGGGCUGCGGCCGUACGAGUGCAGCCUGUGUGGGAAGAAAGUCAUUUGGAGGGACAGCUUCCUGAGGCAUCAGGCCCGAUGUGAGAGACUUGCCUCCAGCUCCUCAGCCAACAGCAACGGCACAAGCGCCGCGCCGGCGGAUAUGGACGACAGCUACGGUUACGGAUUUGACGAGGGCGAGGCGUUUCUCCCCACCGCAGGACAGGUGAAGGUUGAGGAGGUGGAUUUUCACAGGGAGAUGGAGAAUGGGAUGGGCGGGCUGUUGGGGAGCGUGUCCGGGAUCGUGGAUGAACUAAGAACCCAGUCACAAGAUUUAAACGCCGCUAAUCACGUCUUCAAAGAGGAAGCCAGCGAAAGCUUUAGUGGCAAAUAAAUGUGACACAGAGGUUUGCAGCACUUAACGUAGUUUGUACAUAAAUGCUGUCAACACGGUAAAAAUGAACAGCACACAAAGUUUUUAAAGAAAACGGACACAAAUCGUCGAAUUCGUCUUUGAGCGCCUGUUUUGCUUCGAUUCGUUUUAUCUGCAUUGUUUGCAAAAAAAAAAAGGAGAAACAAUCAUAUGCUUCACUUUAGUGAACCUGUCAGUGUCACGUCGUUGCUGUAAACUGUGCUGAGCAGUGUUGUGAAUGUACCUCUUAAGAAGAUUUGCAUUUUGCACAUAAAUUAUUCGGCAUUAACAUGUAUUAGAGGACUUGUGUCAUAUUGAUGUAUCUUCACUAAAUGUAAAGUUGAGAAAUCUCGGUAAUAAAAAUAACACUUUGUUUUUGA